CUUUUUAGGCAUAAAGCACACAUCUAGAUGGAGUCUAGUGUGUGCUGCCGUGGUCGGCUGAGAGGCGAUAAUACAUUUUCAUCGUGAAUUGCUGCUAUAGUCGCGCUUGUCGAAUCUCUCGGGAUCGUUCUCUCACGGCGUCGUUCCAACACAAUGCGCUGUUAUCAAAAAAAUAGCAUAGAAAAAGAAAUCAGAUACGGUCCGGCGCGAACGGUGUGGCUCCAUCAGUUGCCCAUCUAGAAUGCUCUCUCUAUGGCGCCGCGUGCUCUAGUAGCAGUUGCUCGGUAACCGCUGUGUGCAAAGCAACCACGCGUGAAGUGGAAGGGGUGCUGGUGGCACCCUCCAGACGAGUUAGUAAUAAGGUCAUCGCGACGUCAGUACUAUCGGCGUGCGUUCCCAUCAUGAAGCAAGGAAACACAAGCGUGCCACAAGCGAUAUGUGUGGGGAACGGUGUGGAAGAAACAGUCGAGCUGCGCACGACCAGUAUCACCACGAUCGAACACUGGUUGGCCGAGGAACAUCCUAGUGCACGGAUCCUGCCCGAUUCCAAGCUAAUUCUCUACUUCCUGCGCACCACCAAGUACAACAUCGAUAAAACGAAGCACAAACUUCAUCAUUUCCUGAAAAUACGAGAAAAGCUAACGGAAUGGUUCAGUGGCCGGGAUCCGGUGCGUCCGGAGCUACAGGAGUUGCUGGACAUCGGAGUGUUUUUGCCGCUGCUCGAGAAGGAUAAGCUCAACCGGCAGGUGGUGAUCAUUCGUACAUCGGCCCACGAUCCCAAGCGCCACAAGCAGGACAAUGUGUUCAAGGUGGACAAAAUGAUACUCGAUCUGUUGCUGCACCUCGACGAGAUGAUCUCGGUGUACGGUAUCGUUGCCAUUUUCGAUAUGCGAGGCGUUACGCUAGGCCACGCGCUGCAGCUGCCACCGUCCAUGAUCAAGAAAUCAGUGGAAAGUUGGGAAAACUAUCCCUGCAAACCGAAGCUGCUCGAGUUCGUGAACGUACCGGUUCACGUGAAUGUUGUGCUGAAUGUGUUCAGGAGUUUUAUGAGCGCCAAAAUGAAGGAGCGCGUCAUCAUCUCAAAGAAAGGCUCGACUAUGGAGCAACUGGUAAACCUGCCCCGCGAGCUCGGUGGUACCGGUGGAACCUACGCGGAGCUGGCUGCCCACUGGAAGCAGGUGGUUCUGACUAAUGCACCCUUCUACGCCCGGAUGGAAGAGAACGUGUUCCACCUGUGAGCACACGGUGGAAAACAAAGUACGGUUACAGCUAUUUAUAUACAGUUUUACUAUUUUGCCCAGACUUUUCGAUCGAAUAAAUCCCUCUCCCUGCUAUCCAGA